CAAAACAUUGUCAGAAGCAUCGAAUCGUGAUCAGUUGGUUGGGCGAAUAUCAGAUGGUUCUAUGAAUUUGUGAUAAAAGCGGCAAAAAUCGGGAGGAGUUUGUAAUGUGCAAUACAAGAAGGCAAUAGAAGGGCUUUUAAAACAAACUUUGCCGCCUCCGGUUUGAGUGAAUAUACUUUAAGACAUAGGUGUCGGGCAAACAUUGGUUUGGCGUGCGCGGUUCCGCGCCGAAUGACGUGGAGAAAACUGUCCUGUAGCUGAGAAUAAAGGCGCUCGGUGCAUCGUUAACUGAGAAUUUAAUUCGUGUGUGUCAUAAGUUUGUCGCAAACAUGUUUGAAAUUACAGACACACAGAAGAUCGGAGUCGGCUUAGCUGGUUUCGGAAUAGCGUUCUUGUUCCUCGGCAUGCUUUUACUGUUCGACAAAGGACUGCUGGCAAUAGGCAAUAUAUUUUUCGUCUGUGGCCUUGCUUGCGUGAUAGGGCUGGAGCGAACGUUUAGAUUUUUCUUCCAAAAACACAAAGUGAAGGCAUCGAUUGCAUUCUUUGGAGGCAUUUCUAUCGUCCUGCUGGGGUAUCCGCUGAUCGGUAUGCUAAUAGAGAUGUACGGGUUCAUACUCUUGUUCAGCGGAUUCUUCCCGGUGGCCAUAAAUUUCCUGCGACGGGUACCGGUUCUUGGAACGUUCCUCAACAUGCCCGGAAUUAGCCGGACCGUUGAUUGGUUGGCGGGCGAAUCGGACAGGACAACGGGAAACGCAUACAACAAGUAGAAACGAAUCGUGCUCCAACCCUUAACUUGCAUCCCGUUGAUUUCCCUUGGCAUGAUCGUUGGAGCUAACCAACGUUAAGCUUCUGUAAACCGAAAUCGAUUAUCUGAGGCCAUAGGCCCUGUUUCGUUUCUGUUACUUUUAAUCCUGUAAUAAAAAUAUCUUCGCAAUG